AUGUACACCCUGUCCAACGUCGCGCAGCACCGCCUGGCCGGCCCAGACGACGUCUACGUCCUCGCCGUCGACCAGACCGCCGCGGGCCUCGCAGCACUCUCCUCGGACCAGCAGCUGACGCUUUUCAGCCCGGCAAGACUAUCCGACGGCCCGCUGCAUCAAUGGCCGACCCAGCACGGCAACGUCACGGCCCUGAGAGUCUUUGAGGCGGACACGUCGCUGGUGUGCACGGCCGGCGAGGACGGAACAGCCCGGGUAUGGGACCUCCGACAAGCCGCCUGGCAAGGCGCCUGCGUCGCCCAGCUCGCCGGUGCGCCGUCGCCCAUCCUCGCCAUGGCGUGCGACCCGUCGACGCGGACCGUCGCCCUGGGCACCGAGCUGCGCAACCACACGGCGUCCCUGCUGCUGUGGGACGUGCGGGCCGCGCCGCGCCCCCGCGCGCACUACCAGGACCUGCACAGCGACGACGUCACCGAGCUGGCCUUCCACCCGUCCCAGCCGGCCGUGCUGCUCAGCGGCUCGACCGACGGCCUGGUCAACGUGUACGACACGCGCGUCGCCGACGAGGACGAGCUGACGGUCCAGACGUUCAACCACGACGCGUCGAUCCACCGCGCGGGCUUCCUCUCGCCCACCGAGCUGCUCGCCCUCUCGCACGACGAGCAGUUUGCCGUGUACGACAUGGCCGAGGGGCGCGGCGGCGGCGGCGACGUCGCCGCCCUGCGCCUGGGGGACCUGCGCACCGCCCUGGCGUGUCAGUACGUCGCGGACGCCAAGGCCAAGACGGACGGGAGCGGCGCCGUCAUCGGCGCCGGAGCGCAAGACCGGCAGCAUUUCGAGCUGGUCUUCCUGGCCGCCAACGAGGGCCGCGGGCCGCGAUGGGUGCUGGACAGGGGCAGCAGCGUGGGGUUGCCGGGCGGGCACGGGGGCGAGCUUGUGCGGUCGUUUUGUCUCGUCGAUGACGCGCAGCUGGUGUUUACGGGCGGCGAGGACGGCAGCGUAAAGGCCUGGAGGCCGGGGCAUUGA